AUGGAAGGUUUUCAACUGCUAUGCAAGUGGAAGAAGGAAAUACACGAAGCGAACAAAGGGUUGCAGCAUCCAGUUCUUUGUCUUCGUCAUUUGAUUGGAAUACUUUCCNAAGAGACCGUUGUGGUCUUUCUGAAGAAGAUGUUGCCUAUUGUUUGCCCAAGCUGUCCUUCANAGGAANGANAGAUUNGAGUGGCGNGACAACAGAGUUUCUUUNGAAGUGCGGUAUCGAUAGUCCUUCACNAAGAUUGCGAAUUAUGUNAGGAAUACGACAGCUUUNAGCAAAGUAGCUUUUAUGGACUAGUUUGUGGUAUGCCCAUGAUUUCCCUGUAGAAGAUGAUGGAAGCCUUAUAGAAGUCGUAGUCCUAAUAAAGACAUGUAAUUUUUG